CACUGUCACUUCCAAUUCAAUUGUCCGCUCCCGAUUCCCUCUUCUUCGCUCUCCUCUCCCACGUUUCUGUCCCCUCCUCUCCUCGGCCUACCUCUCAUCCCAAAACCCUACCUUUCGCCUCGUUUUCCGCUGCCUCAGUCCCGCUCUCCGGUCAUGGCGAGGCGUGUGCUGGUCACGGGUGGUGCCGGAUACAUCGGGAGCCACACCGUGCUGCAGCUCCUCCUGGAAGGGUUCUCUGUCGUGGUGGUGGAUAACCUCGAUAACUCAUCGGUGGUCGCCGUCCAGCGCGUCGCCCAACUCGCCGGCGAAUUCGGCAAGAACCUCGCCUUUCAUCGGUUUGACAUUCGAGACAAGGAAGCAUUGGAAAAAGUUUUUGCUACAUCAAAGUUUGAUGCUGUUAUACAUUUUGCUGGUCUAAAGGCUGUGGGUGAAAGUGUUCAGAAACCUUUGAUUUAUUAUGAAAAUAACAUCAUUGGUACAAUUACUCUCUUGGAAGUAAUGGCUGCACAUGGAUGCAAAAAGCUGGUAUUUUCAUCAUCAGCUACCGUUUAUGGUUGGCCUAAGGAUCUGCCCUGUACAGAGGAAUCACCUUUAUGUGCAAUGAAUCCAUAUGGUCGAACCAAGCUUAUGAUUGAAGAAAUAUGUCGUGAUAUCCAUCAUGCAGAUGGUGAUUGGAAGAUCAUGCUACUAAGAUAUUUCAAUCCUGUUGGAGCUCAUCCCAGUGGACAAAUUGGUGAAGAUCCUUGUGGAAUUCCCAAUAACCUCAUGCCACUUGUCCAGCAAGUUGCUGUUGGUAGGAGACCUACACUUGCAGUAUUUGGAAAUGACUAUUCAACCAAGGAUGGCACAGGGGUAAGGGAUUACAUCCAUGUUGUUGAUCUAGCAGAUGGACAUAUUGCAGCCCUGCAGAAGUUCUUUGAGGACCCCAACAUAGGCUGUGAAGUUUAUAAUCUAGGAACUGGAAAGGGAACAUCCGUAUUAGAAAUGGUGGCAGCAUUCGAGAAGGCUUCUGGCAAGAAAAUUCCUCUGGUCAUGGCUGGAAGGCGUCCUGGUGAUGCUGAAAUUCUUUAUGCAUGCACCGUCAAAGCAGAGAAGGAACUCAGUUGGAAAGCAAAGUAUGGCAUCGAAGAGAUGUGCCGUGAUCAAUGGAACUGGGCUACCAAGAACCCCUGGGGAUACAGAUCACCUGACCCUCCUAACUGAAGAAGCUCUGCAAAUUAUAACACCAGUCCUUCAAUGAAUUCAGAGAGAUUACUAAUUGUGAACUUGUAAAUAUGGCAUAGGUGCAGCUGAUUUGUCUGUUAUAUAAUGCUUCAUGAAUAAAUAUGCUUCUGUUAUGACAAAAGCAUUAUAGUCAAAAGGAUCUUUGCUUUUUCUUCCCAUAGGAAUUUUCUUUCAGCCUCUUAGAUACUGCUCCCUUUUUUCUAAAUUCCACUGGAUAGUUGAUCUAAGGCUGGUGAAAGUUUAGAACAUGUCUAACAAUGAUUUGUCCAAUGACUGGUGACAGAUGAUGAUAUAUGUGCUGUAUACCUGGAUGCAGAAUCUAGUAAUCAUGAAGUGUUUCGCAUC